UGGAUAUUCAUUUUGGGGAGUUUAUAGCAAAUCCGUUGUGGCCACUCUUCUGUGUUUUUUAUCUAUUUUUAUUUCUGCAUGCACAGGUGGGCGUGAAUACUUUCUGUGUUGCCAUUUGUAACAGGGGACUUUGUUUCCUGGCUGAAUUGUGUAGCCCAUUAGUUAGGUCUCUUUGUAACGGGGAUUAGCAGCAGAAGGCAUAUUUUUCUACCCUCUAUGCAUUUUUUCUGGCAACCCCCUUGCCAGCUCUUCAAUGAAAUGCUGUUGUUGCCCUUCAGAGGAAAAACAGAAAAGAUAAUGUUCAGUUCCCGUGCAAGGACUCUUGUCUGUUUUCUUCUGCAUCUUGUUUCUUUUGUUCGAGUCUUUUACACCAGACUCUGGCCUCCAGCCGAAGACAAAGAGCCAAGUAACAUGAAUUCCCUUUCCAUAAUGCCAAAGCUAACGAUUUGGAUCUUUGCACCUUGGUUGGUCCUUGGAUUGGAAGAGUGGAUCACCCUGAACCUAAAGUGGCCCCACGCCCUCCCCGAUUUCUUUCAACUAUCCAUUUAACCAACUCCUUUCUGUGAACUGUCAAAGGGUCAACAGCAACGGUAAUAACUACCAAAUGUCCUCUCCCAGCCCUGUCCUCUCUUUGUCUGCUAUUGCUCCUCCUCCAACUCCAAUCCCGUCCAUCCAAACCCACCAACCCAUCCCCGCUAAGACCCGCUCUCUGUCUCAGGGCUCAUGGACCGAAUCUCUGAGAUCAAAUACCCGAUCCAACCAGUUCCACCAAGCCAUUUUAACCUAUGUCAGCAUGUCUUCCUCCGGUGUCCCACCUGAUCACUUCGCUUUCCCCGCUGUCCUCAAGGCCGUCACGGCUCUUCACGACUUGGCCUUGGGAAAACAGAUUCAUGCUCAAGUUCUCAAAUUUGGUUACGGCUUUGGAACGUCCUCCGUCACCGUGGCCAAUACCCUGGUCAAUUUCUAUGGUAAAUGUGGGUACAUUUCGGAUGUGUACAAGGUGUUUGACAGAAUUCACCAGAGAGAUACCGUUUCUUGGAACUCAUUCAUUUCUGCAUUCUGUCGGCUUCAGGACUGGGAGGCUGCAUUAGAGGCCUUUAGGUUAAUGCUGCUGGAUAAUGUGGAGCCUAGCUCAUUUACGCUGGUGAGCAUCGCGCAUGCUUGUUCAAAUUUGCCCUGCCGUGACGGCUUACGGCUUGGAAAGCAGCUUCAUGCAUACAGUUUAAAAAUAGGCGACGCAAAGACCUUUACUUAUAAUGCUUUGAUGACUAUGUAUUCCAAACUAGGACAUCUCAACGAUACUAAGGUGUUGUUUGAGUUGUUUAAGGAGCGUGAUUUAGUUUCAUGGAACACCAUGUUGAGCUCCUUAUCUCAAAAUGAUAAGUUUACAGAAGCAUUACUGUUAUUACACCGCAUGGUUCUUGAAGGUCUCAAACCUGACGGUGUCACAAUUGCAAGCGUGCUUCCCGCUUGCUCACACUUGGAACUGUUAGACAUUGGGAAACAACUUCAUGCGUAUGCCUUGAGACAUGAUAUUUUGAUCGACAAUUCUUUUGUUGGCAGUGCUUUGGUUGAUAUGUAUUGCAAUUGCAGAAAGGUUCAAAGUGGUAGUCAAGUUUUUGAUUGUGUCAUAGAUAAAAAAACUGGUCUUUGGAACGCUCUGAUCACUGGAUAUUCACAAAAUGAGCAUGAUGAGGACGCCUUGAUACUCUUCAUUGAAAUGGAAGCAGUUGCUGGGCUCUGUCCCAAUGCCACCACCAUGGCCAGCAUUGUGCCUGCAUGCAUGCGCAGUGAAGCAUUUGUUCACAAACAAGGAAUUCAUGGGUACGUAGUGAAAAGAGGUUUGGCAAGUGACCACUAUGUGCAAAAUGCACUUCUGGAUAUGUACUGUAGAAUGGGGAAGAUACAAAUUUCCAAAACUAUAUUUGACAACAUGGAAGUCAGAGAUAUUGUGUCUUGGAACACAAUGAUAACUGGUUAUGUUAUUUGUGGACAUCAUGAUAAUGCACUUCUUCUGCUACAUGAGAUGCAAAGAGUUGAACAAGAGAAGAGUGCAGAUUAUUACGAGGAUGAGAAAAGAAUUCCUCUUAAACCUAAUUCUAUAACCCUUAUGACUGUCCUUCCUGGUUGUGCCACCUUGUCUGCACUGGCAAAGGGAAAAGAGAUCCACGCAUAUGCCAUUAGAAACAUGUUGGCAUCAGAUGUUGGGGUUGGAAGUGCAUUGGUAGACAUGUAUGCAAAAUGUGGCUGCUUGAAUUUUUCUAGAAAAGUUUUUGAUAUCAUUCCCCUCAGAAAUGUAAUCACCUGGAAUGUCAUUAUUAUGGCUUAUGGCAUGCAUGGCAAGGGAGCAGAAGCCCUGGAGUUGUUCAACUGUAUGGUGGCAGAAGCAUCUAAGGUUAAGGAAGUCAAGCCUAAUGAAGUUACUUUUAUUGCUAUAUUUGCAGCAUGUAGUCACUCAGGGAUGGUAAGUGAAGGCCUAAACUUGUUUUAUAGAAUGAAGGAUGAGUACAGGAUCGAACCUACACCAGAUCACUAUGCUUGCAUUGUGGAUUUGCUUGGCCGAGCUGGUAAAGUUGAGGAAUCAUAUCAAUUGAUCAACACCAUGCCCCCUCAAUUUGACAAGGCUGGUGCUUGGAGUAGUUUGCUUGGUUCUUGUCGAAUUCACCAAAAUGUUGAAAUUGGGGAAAUCGCAGCGAGAAAUCUCUUCUACCUAGAACCUGAUGUCGCAAGCCACUAUGUUCUACUCUCCAAUAUAUACUCAUCAGCUCAACUGUGGGACAAGGCAAAUGAUGUUCGGAAGAAGAUGAAGGAAAUGGGGGUAAGAAAAGAACCAGGGUGUAGCUGGAUUGAGUUUGGUGAUGAGGUUCAUAAGUUUUUAGCUGGCGAUGCAUCACACGCACAAAGUGGACAACUACAUAAAUUCCUUGAAACCCUCUCGGAGAAGAUGAGAAAGGAGGGGUAUGUGCCUGAUACUUCUUGUGUACUUCAUAAUGUUGAUGAGGAGGAGAAAGAAACUUUGCUUUGUGGGCAUAGUGAGAAACUGGCAAUAGCUUAUGGUCUUCUCAACUACCCUCCUGGUACCACAAUUAGAGUAGCAAAGAACCUCAGAGUUUGCAAUGAUUGUCAUGAGGCUACUAAGUACAUCUCAAGGAUAACAGAUAGGGAAAUUAUCCUAAGAGACGUGAGGAGGUUCCAUCAUUUCAGGAAUGGAAGAUGUUCCUGUGGGGAUUAUUGGUGAAAAUGAUCCCAAAAUGACUUUG